AUAAUGUUGAAUAUAAAUUUUGUAUUAUGAAUGCGUAUGUAACUCAGAACAAUUACAGUUAGUUCGUUUUAACUCACGGUGUCGUUGUCAAAAAUAAAACGCGCUCAGUUUUUGCGCGGCGAAAAUGUAUCAAGAUACGGAAAAUGUUAUGUCAAAAGUUAAUAAAUUUGAAACUUCGAUUUCGGAGUUGAAAAAGAAAUCAUUUGUGACUGCUGCUGAUUUGGAGAGCUUUUCGGACAAAGACCUAACACCAGAAUACUUAGAGGCUUAUCGAAGUUCUCUUGAGAAUCCUGAGGCAUUUUGGAGUGAAGUUGGCAAGGAGUUGGAAUGGACAAGACCAUGGGAUGAAGUACUAGAUGAUAGUAAUCAACCAUUCACCAAAUGGUUUGUAGGUGGUGAGAUGUCAGUAUGCUACAACGCAGUCGACCGUCAUGUAAUCCAAGGUCGCGGAGAUCAGGUCGCGUUGAUACAUGACUCGCCUCUUACGGAUACAGUCAAGAGAAUAACUUACUCUGAGCUGCAGGAUCAGGUAUCUCGUAUAGCAAGCAAGCUGACUUCACUAGGUGUGACCCGUGGCUCUCGCGUUGUAAUCUACAUGCCCCUUAUCCCAGAAGCCGUUAUAGCAAUGCUGGCCACCAACAGAGUUGGUGCUAUACAUUCUGUCGUAUUCGGGGGUUUCGCCGCAAGAGAAUUGAGAACUAGAAUAGAACACGCAGAGCCCACUGUUAUUAUUGCAGCCAGUUGUGGAGUUGAGCCAAAUAAGAUUGUCAGGUAUAAAGAUAUAUUAGACGAAGCUUUGUGCCAAAGCUCGCACCAGCCGCGUAAUUGCAUCAUUUACCAACGCCGCAGAGUUCUCGAAUGUCACUUGGAGAAGAAUCGAGAUAUAUGCUGGGACGAAGCAAUGGAAAGUGAACCUGUGCCCUGUAUUUCAUUAGAAGCUAAUGAACCACUAUACAUUUUGUAUACUUCAGGUACCACGGACUCUCCAAAAGGUCUUCAAAGACCCUGUGGACAUGCAGCAACAGUUUGCUGGUCGAUGCGUUCCAUAUAUGGCCUCAAACGUGGAGUUUGGUGGGCGGCAUCAGACCUUGGCUGGGUGGUGGGACAUUCCUACAUUUGCUAUGGACCAUUAUUAGCUGGUCUUACCUCUGUGCUGUACGAAGGGAAGCCUGAUAGAACACCUGAUCCUGGGCAGUACUUUAGGAUUAUCGAACAACAUCGUGUGAACGCGUUGUUCACAAUACCAACAGUAUGCAGAGUACUUAAGCGGGCUGACUCUUGUGGAAAAUACGCGAGACGGUACUGCAUCAAAACAUUGAAGAGUGUUUUCGUGGCAGGAGAGCAUUGUGACCAGGAAACUAGGCAUUGGGCGGAAAGAACUUUCGGAGUGCCCGUGUUAAAUCAUUGGUGGCAAUCGGAAUCCGGGUCUCCCAUCACUGCAGCUUGUCUGGGUUUUGGAGUGAAGAGUAUACGACCACAUUCCGCUGGGUAUCCUGUGCCCGGUUAUGAUUUAAGAGUUUUAAGAGAAGAGGGUACCGAAUGUCAGUCUGGUGAAGUGGGACGUCUCGUCGCAAAGUUACCUCUGCCACCAGGCUUCUCUUCUACUCUAUGGAACGCUGACGACAGAUUUAAGAAAGUCUACUUCGAAAAAUAUCCAGGCUUUUAUGACACACAAGACGUUGGCUGGAUUAGCCCUGAAGGCGCAGUUUGGGUUGUAGCAAGAGCUGAUGACGUCAUCAAUGUAGCUGGCCACAGAUUAUCGACGGCGGCUAUAGAAGAUGUCGUAUUAAAACACGCGAGAGUAGCUGAUGCUAUGGUAGUUGGUGCUCCAGACUUGACUAAAGGCGAUGUCCCUCUAUGCUUGUAUGUUAUGAGACCUCCGCAAGAUGACGAAGAAAUUGUCACCGAGGAAACAGUGACGCAAGAGCUGAUAGCAUUAGUUCGUCACCUAAUCGGUCCAAUAGCCGCUUUUAGAAAGGCCAUUGCUGUACCCGCGCUACCACGAACUCGAUCAGGCAAGGCCCUCAGGGGUGCUGUAGCCAAAUUGGCACGGUCCCAACAAAUAAAUCUGCCCGCAACUAUAGAAGAUGCUACCGUAUUCCCAGAAAUAAAACUUGCAUUACAAAAAUGCGGGUAUGCCAUUGACGCCCCUGAUCCAGAAGUAAAUUGAGCAAUUGAAUUAUUUUAGAUUCUAGUGCAAAACGUAGCAAUUAAACUAUAAUUAGACCGAUGUAUAAAAAUAUAUUUAAAUCCUGUUCAUUACCCAGAUAAAAUGACCUUUUUAACAAAACACCUAUUGUGAUGACAAAUAAAAUCUCAUCUAAAGAGUGUGCUCCUACGAAUAUAGUCAUCGUAUAGUAUUGUUUAAUAUUAUAGACUAUAUAUGUGACCUUUCGGUUAUACUUCCAUAUUCCACAUCAUUCAUCAUACAUGUAUUUGAAGGUGUAUAUAAAUUAUUUCUGACUUUCAUUCAAAAUAUACAUAUACUCGUACGAACGAACGUAAUUAUUCAUAUUUUUUAAUUUAUUUAUAUUUAUGUUAUAUUUAUAGACCUCUAUCAUUGUAAACUAUUUCUUAGUUUUGCAAUUCCUAUAAUCGGCAAGCUUAAAAGUAAUGCCUGGUUAGUACUAUAAACAGUACUUGAAAGCUAAGAACUUGAAGAUCGUGAAUGUGGUACUUUGUGAUUUUUUUAUUAUGGAAAAUUAUCUAUUGUAUAGAGGAUAUUAUACAUAUUUUAAUAUAUAGGUACCUACGUAAAUAACUUAAUAAAUUAAUAUUGUUUUUCCUUAAUAUAUACUUACUUUAUAACUUAAGAUUUUUUUAUAAUCCUGGAAUAUAUUGGUAUGACUUUUUUAAUGUAAGAUAGACAAAUUAUUAUAAAAUAACAAAACUUACAAUAUUAAAUCUUGUAUUUUCUACGUUCGGUUUAUGCUCCGGUAAAUAAUUCUAUAAGUUAUUUAUUUUAUGUUGAAUGUAAAUAUGUAAUGGCGUUGUUUUUUUAAUUGUAUAAGUGGAUAAAAUAAAUAUAAGGCUGAA